AUAAAAUGAUUGCUUCUGCAAAAGUAGGGGUCUAUAAACCCCUAGGUAAUGGAAGAGAUAGUUACAUCACUUCUAAUAAUGGAGGGUUUUGAGCAAGACAUCCUGUUGAGUAUAAACCAAAUUACACCAAGAAUAAUGGCCUCUUCCGUCAGAGACUUGCUAAUAAAUCCAAUGUUACUAUGUACCAGAGAGAUGGAGGUGGCAGAGAUAGCUAUAUUUUUGAUACUAACGGAGGAUUUUCAAAUGUUACCUUCAACAAUAACACGUUCUGGAGAACAUUUAGAGAUGGAUUUUGGCCAAGCAGACACAAGAAGUGGCAAAUUUUCAAAAUCUUUCUAUGGAAACUUAAACCAUUACUCUUUGGACGAAAGCAAGAUGAAAGAUACCUUAACUAGAAGCAAUCUAACAGGGAAACCUAAUAAUGAAGGCAAAAAGGAAGCCAUACAAAAUGCGUAUUUGCCAUUCAGUAGGACAAGACAGAAAAGCAGUGUUGAGGAGUUGAUGAGGGUUAAUCAUCAUAGCCUGGAUACCUUGGAUGAUACUAAGAGAAAUACUAUUCAUUCUGAAUUAUCUUAUGGCAGCAGGAACAGAUAUGCAGCUCCAGGACUACUUAAAAAUAAAAAGAAUAUUAGCAAAAGCCAGCAGAAAAUGUAUUUAUCCCAAGAGCAUAACCAAGCUCAAAGAAGAUCUCCGAAAGAAGUGUCAUGUAGAAGCAAGAACUUAAUGCCAACAAUGAAGCUGAAGCAUUUAUCAAAUCUCCCAAAUUCUUCAAUGAAGAAUGGCAAUAUGAAAGUAAAAGAUGUCAUCUCUAAAGAAGUUGGCUCUAAACUUUUAAAAUCAAAGGCUUUGUCAAAAAUCCAGCUAAAGAAAUGGAAGAACUUCCUCAAAGAAAAAAAGAGAGUGAAGAAUAAUUUAUAGGAGUUAUCAACCCUCA